CACACCACGAGGACGAUAAGCGUCCGUGAGGCUCACGUGUCACCGACAUACACGGACAGCGAGCGCCCGUAUUGCGAGCGCGCGCGUUCGAUGCGGAGAUAGUAGUACGUCCCAAGGCGGACGUGGACGGCAGUGCGCGCGUACGAGACGUGCGCGGAGCAGAGCGGAGCGGAGAGAAGAGCCGUGGGAGGCUCGGACGCGUAACCAGCCGAGCUCCGCGCCGCGGACACCCCCUCACACGCCUCACCGCCUGACCCGAGAAAGAGAGAGAGACUUCAGUAAGCUCGGAGCUUUCGACCGGUCUGUUCGUUGUCGCCGCGUCGUCGUCGCCGUCGCCGCCGUUGUCGUCGUCGUUGUCGUCGUUGUCAUUGUCGUACGUCGCGUCGCGUCCCGGCGCGAAACGCAUCGACACGCGAUAACGCUGGCGAUUGUCGCGCAGCAGCGAUCAUUCUGGAGAUAUCCUCGAGUCGAGCUGUCAAUCGUGAAUCCUGCGAUAUUUCGACGAACUGCAGUGAAAAUCGAGAGGUGUAAAAGAGAGGAGCGAAAGUCGCGAACGAGUGUCAGCGAGCUGAUCUUGAAUAAUGACACUGACAGGACAAGGGUGAUCUCUCGAGGGGUGGCGAUGAGUGACAGUGUGUCGAACGAAUUAAGAGUUUUCUUGCCGUCAAUUUCGAAGUAGACGAUCUUGCCGAAUCCCGCCGGUGAAGGAAGAAUGCGGACAAAGAAAAGGAACUCGCGAGGACCAAGUGCCGGUCGAUGCGGUUUCGAGUUGACGAUCGCGCGUCAUCGAGCUGCGCGUUGAUCUUGUCCCGCGCGCGAGAAAUCGGUGCGAUCCUACGAUAAAUAAUUUUCUAAGGGGAGAUUGCGAGGGAAGGGCUUUUCUAUUUGAGGCCGACGACGUGGGGACGAUCGAAGCCGCGUGCGGAGGAGGCGAUGAUCUCGUUCCCGGAAGCGGCCGGGAAUCCUCUCGUUUAGAGCUCACGUCGAUCACGCGUGAUCACGGUGAUCCUGUCGCAACUGCGGGGGAAAGGGGCUCUAAUCGCUCGAUUGGUUUCCCGCUAAUUAACGCGCGUAAUGCACUCUUAAGUAUAGCGAGGAAGAAAUAAUAGGGUGAUAAAAAAACAUGAAAACAAAUGAACAUCGAUAAAGCGAUUGAUAAAAGUUGUAAAGAUCAAAGCGGAGCAAAGAAGGGAUUGCGUUUAAUAUCGGGGCGCAAAGUUGUCGGAUUCGAGCGUUGAACUAGCGACGGGAAAAAGUGAACGCCAAGCGAUGAGAAAGUCCGCAAAUGAUAGAAGCUCCGGAAAACACACACCGUAACGGAUAUAUCGAACGGCGACGAACUUGAACGUGAAAAAAAAUACGCGAGUUACGAGUAUGCGUCUGCGUGAUCGCGCGGCGACGAUUUCGGCGUUUAGCGGCACCGAAUUUUGCGAAAACGGCGACGGUCGCUCUUUCAUCGACGAGCAAUCAGUUCCGUCCAGUCGAUUUCGCGAUUGAAUGCUUUACGGAAAACAUGAGAGCAAAACGACCGACGAAUGCAUCUUCGACGUGUUCAAUUUAAAGAAUUUGAAAAAAAUAUAAAUUGUAAAAAGAACACGUUUGCCCCUUGAAAAGAUCGAGAAUGGAAUAAAAAUGAGAAAGUGUAGGAUUAUUGUGAAAUUUUAUAUUCAUACAUUCAACGACACACGCUUCAAAAAGAAAUAGUGACGAGACGUUAGGGAAUAUUAUGGCCUGUUGAAAUGACGUCUAUUCAAUGUGGUGACUACCGACGAAGGACUCGAUUGUACGCGAUGACGGCAAGCUUUCACGUGCGGCAGAAAAUCACGAAUGACAUUUUGCAAGAGUGAUGGCUAUUUCGGGCCGGACACGCGGGUGUGCUGCAUUUAUAAGACGAUCCCCGCGAACAGUUUACCGCAGAUUCGAGUUUCCGGGAUUCGCAGAAACGUGCGUAAACGCCGGGAAACGAAGGGACGACGGGAUGUAAGGCUUCCUCUCGCACGAUUCUCGCGGGUAUAACUGAACGUUCCUAUUGCGCUCGAUGCACGUUACAUUAAGCUCAAGGUGAUAUGGAAGCAGAAGACGAAGUGGAUGAUGAGUUGUCGGAGGCCGCCGACACGGAAGCAAAUCACAACAAUAAUCUUGAGAACUUCGAAACAAUGAAGAUCUCUACGAAGCCGGUGUCCGAGAGGACACCGGAGAAAGACGACUGUCCUUUGGUGCGCUCGUCCAAUCCCGAACGAGCGGAAAAUGUUGAUUCCACCGACAACGACAGUCCCGAAAAGUUGAAAACGUCCGCGCGACCAGAAUCAAAAGUACCCCUAAGUACAAGCACAAAGACUGACGUCAAGGAGAUUGAAAUCGCUAGGCUGUGCAGAAGCAAGAGGGUCAGCUGCCAGGACACUAUACACGAAUACGACGAGGACGACAAUCUCACCAUGGAUAGAGUCGGAAGGUACCUGGAAGCGCAUCCUGCCCUAGCAGAAACGUGGCUGCGGGAGAAGGCGAGCCUCCAGCUUCGGCAACGAUUACAGAACACAUGUGUGGUGCAAACGAUAACGCCGAGCGCGCCGAGGGUGCACUCGGAAGAGAACCUCCUCAAUCGGAACAAACGCAACAGCGUUACGUCCGAUCUCUUUCAGACCUGGCUGGCCUCGAGUUCACCUGCGAAGCGCAGCAAGAGCCCCAACAGGACUCACAGCUCGCUGAUGGGUCGCCGCGAGGAGCUCGGAAGACUGGACGAGAGCGACCUAUUCAUGGAGCUGAUAAGGGACGUGGCGAAUGAGCUGGACAUCAACAUCCUUUGUCACAAGAUCCUGGUGAACGUCGGCCUACUCACGUAUGCCGAUCGCGGCAGCCUGUUCCUGGCCAAGGGACCCCUCGAGGAUCGUUAUCUAGUGGCGAAGCUGUUCGAUGUCACGCAGGACACCGAACUCGAAGAAGCUGUCCAGCGGGCCAAGAAUGAAGAGCUCAAAAUACCGUUCGGCGUUGGUAUUGCCGGUUACGUCGCGCAGACCAAAGAGACUAUCAACAUCAAGGACGCUUACAAGGAUCCGAGAUUCAACAGCGCCAUCGAUAUGCGGACCGGCUACAAGACGACGUUGAUCCUAUCCAUGCCGAUUUGCAAUUACGAGGGCGACGUAAUCGGAGUCGCUCAGAUCAUCAACAAGACGAACGGCAGCAACGAAUUCACCGACCGGGACGUCGGGGUGUUCCAAAGAUACCUCACGUUCUGCGGCAUCGGCAUACAGAACGCGCAGCUGUUCGAGCUGUCCGUGCAGGAGUACCGGCGCAAUCAGAUACUCCUCAAUCUCGCGAGAAACAUAUUCGAGGAACAGAACAAUCUCGAGUGCCUCGUGACGAAAAUCAUGACCGAGGCGAAGGAGCUGCUCAAAUGCGAGAGAUGCGCUGUUUAUCUGCUGGAUCUGGACUGCGGCGAGGCAGGACAUCUUGAAAAAAUUGUCGAGCGGCCCGGGAAGUCGGUGCAAGAGAGCAGAAAGCCGUUGUCGAGAAGAGAGAGCAACAACAUCGACAUGGAGGACAUUUUCCAACAGCACGCAUCGACCGAGGACAAUAAAUUCACCAUGGUCUUCGAGAUGGAAAAUGAAACGCAAGAGGCCCGGGUCUAUCGGCCGAGUCACAACGAUCUAUCGAGUUCUUUGGGACAGAUCGCGAGGUACGUCGCCGCGACGGGUCAGAUUCUCAACAUCGGCGACGUCGCCACGUGGUUGAAGAAGGGUGUGAUGGAGAGCGGAAAGGAGCCUAUCAGAAGUAUCCUGUGCAUGCCGAUCGUGAACGGACAAAGAAUCGUUAUCGGAGUUGCUCAAUUGAUCAACAAGGACAACGGCACGUCUUUCACCGACUCGGACGUAUCGAUAUUCGAGGCGUUCGCUAUUUUCUGCGGUCUCGGCAUUCACAACACGCAGAUGUACGAGUCUGCGUGCAAGCUGAUGGCGAAGCAGAAGGUGGCCCUCGAGUGUCUGAGCUAUCACGCGACCGCCAACAACGACGACGCGCUGCGUCUCGUCUCCGAUCACAUACCGUCCGCGGAAAUCUACAAUCUUUACAGUUUCACGUUCAUCGACUUCGACCUAACCGACGACGACACGUGCCGCGCUACCAUCAGGAUGUUCAUGCAGUGCGAUCUCAUACAGAAAUUCCACAUACCGUAUGACGUUCUGUGCAGAUGGAUUCUCAGUGUGAAGAAAAAUUACAGGCCAGUAAAGUAUCACAAUUGGCGGCACGCGCUGAACGUCGCGCAGACGAUGUUCGCGAUGCUGAAAACCGGCAAGAUGGAACAAUUCAUGACCGAUCUGGAGAUCCUCGGGCUCCUAGUGGCCUGCCUCUGCCACGAUCUGGAUCACCGCGGCACCAACAACGCCUUCCAAACGAAAACGGAAUCCCCACUCGCGAUUCUGUAUUCGACUAGCACGAUGGAGCACCAUCACUUCGAUCAGUGCGUCAUGAUUCUGAAUUCCGACAGCAACAACAUCUUCCAGAGCCUGUCGAUGGAGGACUACAGGCGAGUGAUGAAGGUCGUGGAGAGCGCGAUCCUGUCGACCGAUCUGGCGAUGUAUUUCAAGAAGCGGAAUCGCUUCAUGGAAGUGAUCGACGAGGGCGAGUUCGACUGGCAGAGCGAGGAGAAAAAAGAACUGUUGUGCGGCAUGAUGAUGACGGCGUGCGACGUGAGCGCGAUAGCAAAACCCUGGGACGUACAGCAUCGCGUGGCGAAGCUGGUGGCGGACGAGUUCUUCGAUCAAGGCGACCUGGAGCGUCUUCAACUGAAUCAACAACCGGUAGCGAUGAUGGAUCGCGAGAGACGGGACGAGCUGCCACAGAUGCAAGUUGGCUUUAUCGACGUCAUCUGCCUGCCUCUCUACAAGGUCAUGGCAGAAACGUUCCCGUGGAUACUGCCGCUUUACGAAGGUACUAUGGAAAAUCGAAAACACUGGCAAGAUCUGGCGGAGAAGGUCGAAAUGGGGCUCACGUGGAUCGAUCGCGACACGAUCGAGGAACCUGUGGAAGAAUUCGUUUCCUACGAGCCCAGAGACAUUGAAUUCACAGUUACGACUCUGAAUUGCGCGCAUGCCGACAAGAAAGAAGAACAGCCGCCGGACAAGUCGACGCUCGGCAGAUUCGCCUCGUUGAGAAAGGGCGGGCGUACGCUGAGCAAAGGGAUGCGACAUCGCAUCAGCAGGUCUCUCUACACCAGGAGCAGCUCGGAAGACGCCGGCAAGUCGAAAGCAUUGCUCCCGGAGAGGAAAAAUCGAAACAAGCUAUGUCUACUCAUUUGACGGCUAACUUCGACGACUCUAGAAAGCAUUCCCGAGUGAUAACCGACAAACGGCGGUAUUCGGAAGAUGAAUAUUUAAACGCGUAUCGCGACUUCCAGGUCGUGGAAGAGGGAAUCUUUGACGUUAGAAUCGCCUGGAAGCUGAAGUUUGACAGGCAAUCCGCGUACAGUGCGGCUGUCAUGCAAAGAGAGCUUUACGCUAAAAGUCGCUUUUGCGAUGUUAACAGAUUGAUGGAAUCAAGAGCGCGAUUCGCGACGGAAAAAGCGUUGUCUGACAACGCGAUAUGAUUACUCUUUAGAGUGACAGAAUGAAUUAUCUAAAGCAAAACUUUGAAGCUACUUUCAUAGCAGCGAAAUACUAUGGGAAAUGAAUCCUUUUUGAAAAAGACAUUGACAUUUGCAGAAAUAAUCAUACCACGAUCGUGGUCGGUUGUAAUCCGAAAAAAUCUCACUUGAUAAGAUUUAAAAUCGAUGAAAAAAUGAAAAGGUAAAAAAAGACAAGCGACAAGAAAUUUUGUUAAUUAAAACUCAAAUAUUUUAGCAAAAAAAAUGAGUUUUUAAAGAUCUGAUAGAAAAAAUUGACAAUAUUGGCGAGCAGAAAACGCAACAAUUGCUAAAAGUAAUUCAAACAGAUCAAAGAGAAAAUAAAGAAAUUCACAUUUCGUAUUAACAAAAAGCUCUGACAUAAUUAUCGAGAAAUCAAUUAUAAUAUUUCAUAAUUACUUAUUUCUCAGUAUUUUAUAAAAAUAUGGAGAGAAAAUUUCGAAUUUUACUUUCUCGCAUUGGACACGAAUCAAAGUUGUACUCGAGAGAAGAGUUAGCGUCUCAUUGACGUGUAAAAUUUAGAGAAAAUUAUAUAAUCACGUGCAUAUUUGUAUAACUAUUGCUGGCGAACAUUACUGAAAUGAAAAAUAUACUCGAACGCAUCUUACUGAUUCCGACUCAUUAUUGUCAAACGUAGAAAACGAUGAAUCAAAAUACCGAAGUAAUAAUGCUAAACUGACGAAUUCUUGCAGCGUGAAGACAGUGAACCAAACACAUAACUCCCGAGAAAGUAGGAAGAGGGGAAAAGAAGAAAAAGAAAGAGAAAAAUGCGAGGUAAUCUAAGAAAGGAUCUGGCGUCGGAUCCCGAGAAGACUGUUUGCCCGUAGGUUUUAAGGCGAUAACACACACGUAGACACGGUAUUACGUAAAACAUGUACAUUUAGUCGGUGGCUAGGUAGGCUAGAGAACUUGACGGUCGGUCGUUGCACCUCACAACGACAUUGCUCAUAAUCGCAAUCCCGUAGAGCGCGAGGGAGUGUGCUGCGUGUGCGUGUAAACACGUCGGGCGUCGUCGGAUAAUGAUUUGUGUGUGACAAUGACGAGUUCAAUUUUGACAAUCUUUUUGUAUCACAUCUCGAUGAUGUAUUCUAGGCUAUACACGAUUCGACGGGACGAAGGGAUCGAUGACGUGACGCUUUACAGAGACAUGCGAAGUCGGACUCGCGGACACGCUGCUCCACGAUGUGCAAUUUAAAUUAGGAAACGAGCGCAAUUUCAUUGUUUCAUUAUCUCAAAUUUUUCCUCGCAGAGCGAUCUCCGCGAUAACGAAGAUGAACAAUUGAUAUGGUUAAGAUAAAAAAAAAAUUGCUCAAGUCGAUUUUUUUUAUGUUGACUGAGUUUCGUAUCCUUAAAUCUUUUAGCGAGAUAUUUUAAGCAAAGAGUUGUAAGCAUCUUAAAUUCUACAAAUUAAUAAUUUUAUGUGAAUAUAUGUAUAUUAGAGAGAUUUUAAAUUUUGCAUAAACAAGUAAGAGCUGAAGUGAGUGAAAUUUAAAUAUUUUAAAAAUUAUAUAGAUAAGGAAUUUUAAGUAAACGAAUUUCAACGAUGUCGAAUUUUGUAAGGAAAGAAUUUUCAGAAAAUUAGCAUACAGCAUUUUCAAUUUCGUAUGUGAGAAAAAUUCUACCUUGUAAGAAAAGGUCCUUCUUUCAAGGAAUUCAGAGUCGACUCGGAUAAUUGUUGACACGAUCGCAUAAAUCCAAGAGUAUUUAUCUUUCAGUCUCAUUGUAUACGUGUACACAACGAUCGCGAGUACAUAACAAGCACCGGCACUUUCGUGUCGCGGUAAUCGGUGCUCGUAAAACGGAGGCAAUGAUAGCAUUAAAUCGUACACACGCACGCAACGUAUAUAAUCCGUGACGCAAGCAUGAUCGCGAGUCCAUCAAUUAUUUGCAGUUCGAGUUUUGUACAUUGACCCUUCAGGAGAUCGGCAAAUGCGCGUUACGUCACUCAUUUACGUGAUAUAUUUACGUGAUAUAUUUACGUUUUCGUUACGUACACAUCCCGACGGGAUAAUUCCGAUUUCUUGACGCAAUUAAUGCGCGGUAAUUUAAUUCCUCUUGCGAUUAAUGCUAUCGUAUCGAUUAAACUGCGUUGGAUAUUGCGAAAAAUUCGUGCAUACAAAAUCGAAGCGCAGUUUAUUAUGUUCUAUAGAAUUUCUCAAAUGCAAAUUACGUUUUCGAAUGUAUCUGAGAGUUGAGCAACACGAGAGUGAGACUGGUUUCUAGUCUUUUGAUAUAGCUGCGAAUAAAUAUGCCUAUCAAAAAUUGUUGCACAUGGUUAAAUAAAAUCUGGAUGUGCUCAAAAAG